AGACACAGUGUGAGCCCGGAGCGCUGAUACCAGAGCCGGGAAGGGCGGGGACACGCGGACGUCACCGAGGCCUGAGGAGGGCGGGAGAGGCCCCGAAGUGAUAAUAGAGGGGGAGGGGGCGGCGCUCGCACACCGGUCCAUGUGUACAUGUCCACGCAGGGGGAGGGACGCAGGACCACACGCUCUCCGCACAGGUUACUUCCUGGGAUCCGGGGUGGAGUGACCCGCGGGCGCAGGGUCAUUGUCUGCACCACACGCAGCGGGAGGAGGUGUAGUGACCUGAUAGGCACCGUGGGGGGGCCUGACCCGUGACUUUGGAAACUUGUGGUGAAUUCACCUGGAUGGUGACGUUGCACCAGGAGAGCAGUGGAUCUACAAAGUGCUCGGAAGUGACCCGCAGUGACCCGGACCAGGGCACAAUAGGCACGCUGGGCCGCUGGUUCGGACUUUCCUCGGGGAUGUUCCAUUGCAUCCCCCUGUGGCGGUGUAACCGUCAUGUGGAGCUUGUGGACAAGAGGCACUGCUCCCUGCUGGCCGUGCCCGAGGAGAUCUACAGGUACAGCCGGAGCCUGGAGGAGCUGCUACUGGAUGCCAACCAGCUGAGGGAGCUGCCCAAGCAAUUUUUCCAGCUUGUGAAGUUAAGAAAACUUGGUCUUAGUGAUAAUGAAAUUCAGCGACUUCCUCCUGAGAUAGCAAACUUUAUGCAGUUGGUAGAACUUGAUGUGUCUCGUAAUGAUAUUCCAGAGAUUCCCGAGAGCAUCUCCUUUUGUAAAGCACUCCAAGUGGCUGAUUUCAGUGGAAACCCACUCACGAGGCUACCGGAAAGUUUUCCAGACUUGGAGAGCCUCACAUGCCUUUCCAUUAAUGAUAUCUCACUGCAGACACUCCCGGAAAACAUUGGAAACUUAUCAAACCUUGCGUCGUUGGAGCUGAGAGAAAAUUUGUUGACCUAUUUACCAGAGUCUCUUUCACAGCUUCAUAGACUGGAAGAGCUGGAUUUGGGAAACAAUGAAAUCUAUAACUUGCCAGAAUCUAUUGGAUCACUACAGAGACUUAAGGACCUCUGGUUGGAUGGAAAUCAACUAGAAUUGCCUCCGGAAAUAGGAAGCCUGAAAAACUUGAUGUGCCUGGAUGUGUCGGAGAACAAGCUGGAAAGACUUCCCGAAGAGAUCAGCGGAUUGACUUCACUGACUGAUCUGCUUGUGUCACAGAAUUUAAUUGAGGUUUUACCUGAUGGCAUUGGGAAGCUUAGAAAGCUGUCAAUACUUAAAGUGGACCAGAAUCAUCUGAUGCAGCUUACAGAAGGGAUUGGAGAAUGUGAGAGCCUUACGGAACUAGUUCUUACAGAAAAUCAACUUUUGGUUUUGCCAAAAAGCAUUGGGAAAUUAAAGAAGCUGAGCAACCUGAACAUUGAUAGGAAUAAAUUAAUGUCCUUGCCAAAAGAGAUUGGUGGCUGCACCAGUCUUAAUGUUUUCUGUGUACGUGAAAAUAGAUUAACUAGAAUUCCUUCAGAGAUUGCACAAGCUACUGAACUCCAUGUCUUAGAUGUCGCUGGAAACAGGUUAUCACAUUUACCGUUGUCAUUGACAUCACUGAAAUUAAAGGCUUUAUGGUUAUCAGAUAACCAGUCCCAGCCUCUGUUGAGCUUCCAGACAGAUGUGGAUACGGAGACUGGAGAAAAAGUCUUGACUUGUGUGCUACUUCCACAGAUGCCUUCUGGCCAAGACAAUUUACCAAGAUGUGGGGCCUUCGAGAGUCUGGUCAAUGAUAUGUCUGAUGACACCUGGAAUGAGCGAGCAAUGAAUAGAAUAAGUGCCAUACGAUUUUUAGAUGAUGAAAAAGAAGAUGAGGAGGAUGAAACGGCAACUCUUUUGAGACGAGCCACUCCACACCCUGGUGAGCUAAAGACGAUGAAAAAGACUGUGGAGAACCUGCGUACCACUAUGAAUGCUGCUAAAGGCCUGGACUCUAACAAAAAUGAGGUCAAUAACUCCAUUGACAGAUUGACCACGUCUGUGUAGAGAGCCACCUCCUUCUUACCUCCUGUGUCUUCCCCUACUUUUUGAAAUGUCUCCCUGCUUGUGGGACCACAUCCAGCCUCUUGUUUUUACCAGAACAUUAUCCAUCUUCCCUCCUUCUACUACUUAAGUUGAGAUGCUGCAAUCUGGACAGGAAAGUGCCUUACAUCAGCCAGAUGUUUGUGUCUGUGACCUCCUAACUUAAUGCUGUAAUUUUAUAUUUUAUCAAUCUGGUUUUUAAGAAAUAGUACACACUACUGUUUAUUUUUUAAUUUUACAUUUGGAAAUAUCUUUAUUUUUUAACUUCUGGAGUAUAUUUUAUCACUUUUUGUGGGAUAAAUGACAUGGUUUUAUGUGGAAAUUAUACUUUUUUAUGUUUUGGCAGCUUAACUGGUAUAUAUUUGGAAAAAAAAUGGAUUGAACUGUGUGGUAGGUUGCAAAGAAAUGUUUCUCUUAAAUUAGAGUACGGUACAUAUCCUAUUAUUUAGUAUGUGGAAAAACUCUGUUUUUAGACUUAGGUUGAGCAUGCGUGCCAGUGCCACUAAGAUGUGCCUUAAAGGACACUUUUUAUGACAGAUAUCCUUAUGUGCCCAUUUGAUUCGCUGUAUUGAGUGAUCCAAUCAUCUAAAGCAACCAUACAGAGCUACCUUGAGAAGUACAUAUGUGCCCCUGCCUGGUGGUGCUUGCACCCUAAGAGGAGUUAGUAUUUGAAUACAUCAGUCUUAGGCCUCAUG